UGUAAACUAGACAAAGUUUAGUUUAUCUCUGCUCGUUGUUAACAAAAUUCAUCAAAUUCAAUAGUUUUAAUUUUUGUCAAAAUACAUAGUAUACCCAACACUAUUCGUAAACCAUCGACAUGCUAACCUAUCUAGGCAUCCAUCUAUCGUACACUAUACCAGUCAUUGGUGUCUUAACGUUAAUAACUCGGCCAUUUAUCAAUCGAUUGGAAAUUUUCAAAAUUGGAUGUAUUACUGCCGCAGCUGUUCUCUAUUCAGUACCACUGUACAACUAUUAUGUAUACAAUGGGGUUAAGACGUAUUCGCCAGAGUCGGUUUUAGCCGUCAUUGGAAAUGUACCCAUCGAGGAGUAUAUACUUGUGGUCGUGCAAACCGUUCUCACUUUGUUGUGGGCUACGAUGUUCGUCCUGUGGUCGACUCCGUGCUUGAACUUCAACUAUGACAAACGUAGCUACCAAUUGAUUCGUUGGUUACCUAUAUCACUGUUGAGCACCGUCACGGCGGCCGGCUACACGAUGGUCGUGUCGGCACAAGAUAAGUUUUACUUGGGAUGCAUACUGUUUUGGGCGUCCCCAGCAAUCAUGAUCAUGUGGUACGGAGCAGGCAAUUUUUUCGUGAAAAAGAUUAUACCGUCGUCGAUUGCGAUCGCGGGCCCUACGUUGUACAUGUGCUGGAUUCAUUGGAUGACCGUUAAAAACGACGACUCGGGCGUGUUGGCGCUAGAAGAACUGUUGUUUUUCUUUGUCACUAAUCUGAUGGUCGUCUUGGCCGGAUCGUGUUACGACAAAGCGUACGGUAUGAUAGUCACGUAUUCGUUGGAUUUCCCUCACCAGUUCAGUGUUAGUUGGAGAUUCGUUCGACAGAUGUUAAGAGCAUUUGCGAACUCGGAAUAUUCUACUCCUUCUGCCGUGACACAUGAUAUUAAGACAAGCAUUAAGGUCUUAAAUACUUCGAAUGCGUUUGGUACUUCCAAUUAUUUAUUCCAUGCUGGUAUACGACUAGAUUUAAUAAUUCUGUACGCAUUUUGUCGUGUAACUGACGAAAUGUUUGAUAACAGAACGGACGAGAAAAAGAAAAAACUCAAAUUAGAGCUAUCCAAACAAUUUAUCAGUGAAGUUUUUGCUGACAGGAAAUCAGAUUAUGACGUUAAAAGAACACCACAAGAAGUAAACAUUGAUUGGAAAAAAUACGAAUCCGUAUUCACUGAUGUUGAAUUAUCAUCUUAUCGCGCAGUGUCUAGAAUUGCAUUUUUUCUUCCUCGUAAGCCAUUCGAAGAGUUAUUCGCGGGUUACCAAUGGGAUCUUGAGUUUAGGUUGGUUCGAAACGAAAACGAUUUAAUGUUAUACACUACCUAUGUAGCCGGAAGCAUUGGUGCAUUAUGCCUUUAUGUAAUGAUGUACAGAUAUGGUAAUGACAUCAAUGAUCUCGUCGACAAAGCUGAUUAUUUGACUAAAUAUGCAUACAAAAUAGGGCAAGGUUUACAACUCGUGAAUAUUGCUCGGGACCUCGUAACUGACAGCGAAUCACUCGGUCGGUGUUACUUUCCAGCUGAAUACAUGGAUGAUGAAAAAGAAGAUUUAAGGAUCCUAUGUCAAGAAAAAAAUCCCAGGUCUUUGGGAAACAAGAAAUUAAAGAAAUACUCUUCAAAAAUGAUACAGUUGGCUAACAAACAACAAUUCGAAUCAGUAGGCGCUAUCAAAUGUUUGCCACAAGAUUUAAUAGGAUCAGUUCUAGCAUCUACUGAAGUGUACCGAGGACUAAUUAAAAUAAUCCAGUCAUGUCCAAUUUACCCAACCAGAGCAUCAUUAUCAAAUUGGAAUAAAUUAUUAAUAGUACUCAAUACCCUUUACAUUAAAAGCAUCCAAUACAUUUUUUAA